AUGAAAAAUUUAAAACUGACAAACUAUGAAGAAUUCAAAACAACCUAUCUAGGAAAUGAUAAAAUAAAAGUGUUCAAGUAUUUUUACUAAUACAAUAAUUGUUUUGGUUAUAUUUCCUAAGAAGAUAUGGAAGAUUGUAGAAAUGCUGAACUUUUAGAAAAGGCGCGUACAUAUGGUGCUUUUAUAAGUAUGAAUUGUUUGAUGUUGACAUUGGAUAAGACAUUAUUAAGAAGAAGUUCAUUCAGGAUGUCGAAGUUCUUAUUUUAAUAUGGAGUUCUGCCAUUGAUGUCAUUUAAAAUAACAAAAAACUAUUUCUGUAGAGAUGUAGAGUAGACAUUUCAUGACAUGGCUGAGAAAUAUUAAUUUAGUUUAGACAAAUUUCAUGAAAGUAUGGAAUUGAUGGCUCGUGCGGUGGAGGCGAAUCGUUAUGAUGAAUUUUUAGAAAAGGGAGUUGAUUUUGAUUGGAGAACAAUAAAGAAUGAGUGAAU